AGACCGAAGCUUGCUGUUUUUUCCCUCGUUGCACAAUAUCAGAGAAAAAAGGACAGCACCGUUAGCAAGCGAAGCUUGUCCUGCGAGCGGAGCUUGUUUUAUUUAGGAAUCCUUUUUACCAUAGAGAUAGAAUCCUAAGAAAGUAUUCUGAUAGUGUCUCUUUCGCGUUUGAUGUAGUUAAGCUUCAUCAAGUCUUGUUCUGAAUAUCGCAUCUCCGAACGCGGUGUGGACCGUGCUGUGCGUCGAGCGGUCUCUCUAGCUUGUCCCCACUAGGCUCCACGCGGAUUGUGGUGUACACGCGUGUAGUCCUCGACUAGAAAGAACGUAAUUUCAACGCGUACAGGAAUCGUGCUCGUGGUGCUCACCUGCUGCAAACAAGCGCGCGAUCAAAAUAGGUCUUUGGGCUGGUAGGUGGACAAGGAGAAGCAGCAACUAUACUGCAGCAUUACUGUUACAUACAAGCACAACGGAGACGGACGGCGCGCCCAAGCGGUAAGUAUCUGAUCGACAAGUCGUAGAACUACUUUCACGGUGUGGACUCUUCAGGUGCCUCUCCGAGCAAGAAGAAGUUGCACGAAGGCCCUGUAGUUUUCUCGAGCCAGUACCCGCCGUGGGAUUCAGUGACAAAUUGAUAGAUCCUCUCCUAAAGAAGCAGAUCGCGAAAAGAACUGUCAUCUCCGAACACCGCCACGGAGAGUGAGUACUAGACGCGCGCAAGAUGUCGGCUCCUACGCCGCAAGGAGAGCAGGUUCAGUACGACUUUACUGACUUUGCCGACUACUACAAUGCGCUCGAAUGCGAGCCGGAUGCAGACGCCGAUACAAUCAAAAAGUCAUACCGAAAACUCGUGCAUAUGAGAGGAACAUCGGUAAUCACUCAUAAAGAUGAUGAUAGCUUCUAGAACUAGAUGUGAAGAUAUUCUGUCAUGCGCAGUAGAAAAUGAAAUUGAAAAGCUAAGUAGCAACUUCGACUUCCCUCAUGGUCAUGUAUAUAUUUUGGGAAAAAUAAGGAACAAGCAUUGCGGCCUCGAUUGGUGGUUACUCAUUUUCUUUCCAUAAUGGUAGACUGGCACCCGGACAAGCGCCCUGAAAGUCCAUCACAGACCGGUACAGCUUCAUUUUUGAUUUGGCCGUCAGCUCAUUUUUGAAGAUCCGACAUUGAUUUGCAGCAUAGCAACGAGUUUGAGCGACUCGCCACAAGAAAGCAACCGUACGUAUAUCAUAUGGUGCAGUUGUGUCAAAAUCAAAAUUCAAAAAUCUACUUACACACACUUUCUCUUCUCACAGGUAAGAAGAUGUUUCAGCUGAUAAAUGACGCGUGGACCUGUUUGCAGGAUGACGCGAAAAGACAAGAAUACACGCUGCUGUGGCGCGAGUACCAGAGACAGAAGCUCAUGCCCUUCGAACGAGCGGAGCUAGCACGGAAAGAGGGAAACGAGUUUUACAAGAAAGGUAACUGCGAAUUCCUUGCCCGCAUUUAUUUCGCUUUUCUUUUUUGCAUCUUCAUCAGUCUUUAUGUUUACCUUGAUGACUUCCAUUUCAUUUUCAAAAAUCAUUACGCCCCUACAUCAAGAAUUAAGUAAAAGGACUCUGGCUUGCAUGAAGUUGAAGAUGAAGCAACAACCUUGAUGUUCGCUAUAACAGGUCAGAUAGCCGCGAAGGAAAACAACAUACCUCAAGCGCUGACGAUGUACCAAGCAGCGAUAGAGAAAUACUCAGAAGGGAUUCGUGAAAGCGAGAAUGACCACCGACUUUACUCCAACCGAGCGCUCUGCUACGCUGUUCUCCGGGACUGGGCGCGCGCCAAGAAGGAUGCACAACGAGUGGUCGAGAUACGGAGCAACUUCAUGAAAGGGUGGUUCACGCUCGUGCGCUCCUACAUGAUGGAGAACAACAUCGGUGAGGCGGAGCAGCAGCUGCAAAAAGGCUUGCGUUUCUGCGAUAAUCACGCGGAUCUCCUGAAGUUGCAGGAUGAAAUUCAGCAGCGCAAGCAGGAGGAACAGGAACAAAGCACCACCGCAGCAGGAGGGACAAGCAGUUCCCGUCCGACCGGGAUGCAAGAACGCGAGGAGCUUGCAGGUAUGUGAUCAUUUCAUUGAGGUGGAGGAAGUAGUUAUGUAUCGGUAAUCAAUCGCAUGCGGGUGAUGUUCUUCGUGAUAUCACAAGGUGGAACGGGGGACGCUGGAGUGUUUAUGUUUCUUUCGAAACGUUCGUGGCCUGCAUUAUUGCGAUUUACUUUUUUGUUUUGAAAAAGUGAAACUGUACAGGUUGCACGCAUAUUCUUGGAAUUGUAAACUUAUCCUUCGGCACGCGCAGAAGGAUUUUCUUUCUGCGACCUUGCAAAUCUGCAUGAUAUUGCCGACAAGAAGAUGAAUACGCACACGAAAUGUUGAAUUCCGUCGUGCCGUCUUCGGACAAUCUGCUACUUGUUCUAGUAGGAUAGAUAGCGCAAAAAUUCUAGAGUUGAAUGCGAGUCACAAAUUAAAAAUGCAGGUACAACCAACACUACCGCGACGCAAAACCCAUUAAAUGCCAGCUCGAGCACUAGGCCAAUCAGCUACCGUGACGUGACUCCCUCAAGAACACCCCCGACGCCACUGAUCCAGAGCCGCCUCGGCGGUAGUCGCGGUCUUAGCGGCACGGGCGUUCCGCAUUGGGCGGUCGGCCAGGAACUCGACCAAACUGGGAACUUCGGCCAGGGCACAGGCAACUUCGGGCGCCCGGGCGAACAAUUCGACAACACCGCAAAUUUCGGCCGCAGCAUAGGGUACCAACUUCUACUUAGUCGUCAAUACUCCACACUGCUUUUUUAUUUUGUUCGUUUUAUUACAAAAAAUAAAUUAAGAUUUUGGAAAGGCGAUGUGUAUAAUACCCCGAGGACCUAAAAAAUUGUGCCAAUCACUCACCAAGACAACAUCUUCAGGACAAUAAAUGUAUAGUCUGGAAGACCGUGACUGGGCGCGCCAGCACCCGCUAAUAUCAUGAAGCAAGAAGAGCAGCAAAAAUGAAAAAUAUCAGGUACGCGCGCACCCCGCCAAAAGGCAACAGCCCACGAUAUCCGCCUGGCAUGCAGGCUCCGCCAAGAUACGCGACGCCCCCCCGGAUGAUGAAUCAGAGCGGAGGCCUCAGCGGCAUGAGCGGAGGACUGAAUAGCAGCAUGGGCUCAAGCCGCGGCCCAAUAGACUACGGGACGGCAAAUCCGCUGAAUCAGACGUAUAAAAAUUACAACCGGAGUUCGAUAGUACUUUUACGGAAAAAUGAUGUGAUCCUCACGAAUGACUUCAUCUUGAGGAGUUGUUACACUGCGCGUCGGACACGGACUCUUUCAUUUAAAAUUUUAUCGUAUUACUUUGGAAAGAACACUAAUCACAAUCAGGCACGCACAAUUGUCGCAGACCAUAGGUGGUGCAGUGCAGUAUGCGUAUCCCCGUUCCGCAAGUCGAACGCCCCCCAAGCCCCGCGAAGUAAUUGUCGUAGAGCAAGCGCAGCCGGUGCGUGCACCCUCAUUGCGCGAACAAGCAAGGCAAAAAUCGCAAUCGCCCCGGCUUCCGAAGGGGUAGCAGCUAUAACAGGAGCCAAUCGAGUUCUGGUGCAGCUGGGGCGUGCAUGCUGUUCGAAGGUUCUUAUUGAUGAAAAAGCGUGGCACCUGCGAACGCCAAUUGAUGUUACAGGACGAAACGUCUGCGACUACGGUUCAUCUUCACCGUCAGUGCCUGCAGCCAUCGGGCCGUCGCGCACACUGCACUCCGUCCUGAAUCUGAUUUGCUUCGCAGAGAGAUGACGAGCUGCCUUUUGAUUCUGGAACUCGAACGAAGAACUACCGAAGAACGCACCACGAACGCGGAUUGCUGUUCUUUUCCACGCACAUAGGAACGACCAUGCGCAAAAUAAGUACAACCAAAGUUCUCAUUUACGCGUACAAAUAUCAAUACAGCUACAUCAAACC